ACCCAAAGGUGAAAGGUAAGCCAACAUGUUAUGGCCAAGGUUACCACACAUGGGGGUGGGGACGGGGGCGGCUUUGACAAGUGGAGACAGCUGUGCCAGCCAGUGCCACACUUGAAGUGCAAAUGGGUCCUGGUGUCUUCCCUGAGAUGAGGAUGGGCGUAUCCGCCGGGAAUCCUAGGAGAGAAGCUGAUGAUGGGAAAUUUUCUUCCAACCACAGCAGGCCUGUGUGACCUUUGAGGAUGUGGUCUUUUCCUUCUCCCCGGAGGAGUGGGGGUUCCUUAAUGAAGACCAGAGGCACCUGUACCUCAGUGUGAUGCUGGAGACCUUUGCCCUUGUGUCCUCCGUAGGUUGUGGGCAUGAAGUAGACGGUCGAGAGUCAUCUGUGCCCCAAGUGUCUGUGGGUGGAAGGUCACACGUGACGAGUCCACCCACCCAGAAGGCUCACUCAUGCAGUAUCUGUGUCCUCGUCUUGAAAGACAUUUUAUACCUGGCUCUUCCGCCAGUGCCAAAGCCGUGUCUGCUGGAGGCAUGUGCGGACAUUCCUCAGCACCCAGACCAUCAGAGCGAAGAGGAGCCAGUGGCAUGGGGCGUGGAUGGGCCCAUGCCUGACGAAAACACUGACUAUCUUGUGUCAGGACAGCGAUUCCAAUUUGAAGACCUCUGGAAGGACCUGUCAGCGUUUUCUCACUUCCUGCCGCCCCCAAUCAUCCCCAGUUGUGAGAACCCACACAACGCCAAGCUGUGGGAGGCAUUUCACUAUGGGAGAACUUAUUACGACUUCUUCCAGUGGACAAAAGCUUCCGGCCACGAAAAUACAGCUUUUCAUAGCCUGAGUGCAUAUCCCGGAGAAAACCUUUACGAGCACAGCGUAUAUGAGAGACCAUUUCACACUCCGUACUCACUUGUCCCAUUUCCGACAGUCCACCCGGGAGAAAGAACCCAUGGGUGCAGCGAGUGUGGGAAGCUGUUCAAGCGCCGAGCAGCCCUGUACAUCCACCAGAGGAUCCACACUGGGGAGCGGCCGUACGGGUGCACGGAGUGUGGGAAGUUCUUCCAGCGCCGAGCGGCCCUCUCUGUGCACCAGAGGAUCCACACCGGGGAGCGGCCCUACGAGUGCGGGGAGUGCGGGAAAUGCUUUAAGGAUGGCUACGCCCUCACCGUGCACCAGCGGGUGCACACCGGGGAGCGGCCCUACGUGUGCCGGGACUGCGGGAAGUCCUUCAAGCGAGGGGGUGACCUGAUCGUGCACCAGCGAGUGCACACCGGAGAGCGGCCCUACGUGUGCACGUACUGUGGGAAGGCUUUCAAGCGAGGAGGUGAACUUACUGUGCACCAGAGAGGCCACACUGGGGAGAGGCCUUAUGAGUGUGGCGAGUGUGGGAAAUCCUUUAAGCUACGAAACGGCCUCAUCGUGCACCAGCGGGGCCACACGGGGGAGAGACCAUACGUGUGCGCCUACUGCGGCAAGUCAUUCAAGGAGAAGAGCGUCCUCACUGUGCACCAGCGGAUCCACACGGGGGAGAGGCCCUACCAGUGCCGCAUCUGCGGGAAGUCAUUUAAGGAAAGAAGCGUCCUUUCCGUCCACCAGCGCGUGCACAACGUGGAGCGGCCUUACGAGUGCGCCGAGUGCGGGCGCUCCUUCAAGCGGGGCUAUGACCUCACUGUGCACCAGCGGGUGCACACUGGGGAGAGGCCAUACGUGUGUGCCGACUGCGGCAAGUCCUACAAACGAGGGAGCAACCUCACCGAGCACCAGAGAGCACACAUGAAAGAAGGUGCUUAUGAGUGCAGAAACUUCGGGAAAACGUUGACUCGGCGUGCUAACAUCAGCAGCCACUACAGAGUUCACGAGGGAGAGAAACCGUAUGAAUACAGUGGGUGUGAUAAACCUUUCUGGUAUGAACCCAGUAUUGUUCAGCGCCCGUAAAACAACAUAGAGCAAACCCAUAAGGCCCGGUGCUGGCCAUUCCCACCUGCAAUCCUAGCUACUUAGGAGGCUGAGAUCUGAGGAUCACGGUUCAAAGCCAGCCUGGGCAGAAAGAUAUGUGGGGUUCUUAUCUCUAAUUAACCAGCACAAAGCCAG